CUUGCCAUUAAUACAUUCUCCGAUUUAUUUAUUAAGAGUUUGUCUGUUAUAAAAAAAAAAGCCAUACUUAACAAAUCAAUUUAUAGAUAAAAAAAAAGCAAAAAUCAAAAGAUAAUAAAAAAUAAAAAAGGAAUAAAAAAAAUGUUAUGAAAAAAUUGUAUGUGUAUAAAAUGACAUACCCAAUGCACAAUAUAUGAAUGUAUGUAUGUGGUAAUUUAUUUAAUAAUAAAGUGAGAAAGAUAAAAAUAAAAUCAAAAAUUCAUUGAUUAUAAAAAAAUAAAAAAUAAAGUUGAUAAAACGACACUUAAAAAAAAAAAAAAACAAUAAAUUCGAUAAUUUUUUUUCUGUUUUUCGGAAAUUUUGAUAAUUUUUUUAUUUACCUACUAAUUCGGCCUCUAUAUUAUAUGGAUACAAAAAUUUACCAGCAAUUUAACCUGGAUUUACAAUGAAUCUUUUAAGUAAAAAAAUUCUAGACAAAAAGGAUCAUAACAAUGGGAUGAUUGAUUCAAAAAGUAAUCCUUCUGCUACAAGUGCAACAACACCGCCAAAGCAACAGACUACAACAAAAACAUCAAAGUCUCAAUUUCAAAAUACAAAUUCAAUUUUAUCAUACAAAAAUGUACGUAAUUCGAAAAAUUCGAGUAACAUAAUGUCGUCAUCAACAGCAACAACUACAGUGGCAGCAGCUACAGCUGCAGCUACAACAGCAGGUGCAAAUAUUCUUCAAACAAAUGGUGGUAUUGGACAAGUUAUUGGACAUCGUCCACGUUCUGGUUCAGCACGAGAGCAAGCUGUUAAUGCUGUAGAAUAUUAUAAUAGUAAUGUUUUAAGAGCACGUGUUGGAGCUGGUUUAGCUGGACCAAGAAGUUCUGUAAAUGAAAGACAUUUAAUUGGUUCAAGGUCAGUUACAAAUGGUUACCAUGGUCAUAUGUCACAGCAACAACGAAUUUAUUUAAAUCCAGAUCAUUUAUAUCGUAGUAAUUCCAGUUUAGAAUUAUUGCAUGAACAGCAUGCUGCACAAAAUAAGCAAAAUUCACCAGAUAACCAAAAAUCAUCCAGUAAUAAUAAUGGAAGCUUAAGACGUGAAUAUGGUAGCCAUGGAUCAAUUGAUGUAAUUUCUUCACCUAAUGGUACAACCAGCGAAAGUUUUUUCGCUAUGCUACAAGAUUAUCGUCCCGCCGUUUUACAAGUAAUGGGAAGUGAUCAAAGAUCUCCAGGGCCUGCUGAAUUUCUUAAAGGAAAAGUUUUAAAUAAUUCGGUAAAUGGUGUAACCAAUGGUGAAAUCGAAAAUAAAAAUAAUAUAAACCAAAGCAAUUUAGACGAAAAUCAUCAAUUUGAAAGACCUGUUAGCCCUAAAUUAAAAAAUAAAUUGCAUAGACUUUGGGGUCAAAAUAAUAAUAGUACUUCUAAUUCAAAUAACACAAAUAGCAGUUCAAAUAAUAAAAGAAAUACUUCAACGAUCUUAAUCGAAGACUGUUCAAUUAAUGGUGGAAAUGUGAACGUACCUGUAAAUUCAUCUUCUGCGACUACCUCUAUAAAUAUGAAUCAGUCAACCAAUUCUAUUCUGUCAUCUCACAGUGCUUCAACAUCUUCGGCUGAUAUUGAAGAGAGACAAAGAAGAAGAGCUUUUGCUCAUUUUGAUUGCCAAAGUUUAACAGCAAAUCUAGGUUAUGCAGCUAAAUUAAGAGGAUUAUUAUUAGCAAGGCGUCGUAACACAACAACUGGUGCUUCAGCAGCCUCUAUGAACACAGGGAGGUCAGCAACACCAGAUGGAGAUUCGUCUGAUGAAGAUUUUGGUGAUGGACAACAUAAUGAUCUCUUAGAAAAUUGCCCAUUUUUUAGAAACGAAAUCGGUGGUGAAGAGGAACGGGAAGUCAGUCUUACAAGAAUGCUGAAUUCUCAUUCAAAAAAAUCAAGUCAUAAUGCAGCAGUCCACAGACCUGCCCUUGCUUAUGGUGUUUCAAUACUAGAAUGCGCUCCAAAUGAAACCUUGUGGAGGCCUACAACAUGCCCUCUUCAAAAAGGACAUAGAGUUAUUGAAAGUGUUGAUCAUGGAGCACGUUAUUACCGUUUAUUUUUUGCCCAACAAGAACAUCAAAACUGGUUUGGUAUGGACGAACAACUCGGACCAGUAGCUGUUUCAAUUAAAAAAGAAAAGUUACCAGAUCUUUAUGAGAAUGUAAAUACAACGACAACCUCUGUACCCCGUUAUCAAUUUCGAAUGAUUGUUCGAACUUCAGAAUUACUUACUUUAAGAGGAUCUGUAAUUGAAGAUUCAGUUCCAAACCCUAGAGGACCAGGAAAACCAAUUUCAACCAAAGAUCUGUUAGAAUAUGUCGCACCAGAGAUUCAAAUGAAUUGUCUAAAAUUGGGCGUAAAUACACCGCAGUGUGAACAGCAACUGAUAAAACUUGAUGAGCAAGGAUUGACUAGUAAAUAUAAAGUUGGAAUCUUAUAUUGUAGAGCAUCACAGUUCUCUGAAGAAGAUAUGUAUAACAAUGAAGAUGCCGGACCCGCAUUUAUGGAGUUUCUUGAAACUAUCGGAAAAAGGGUUAGACUGAAAGGUUUUGAACAUUAUAAAGCUGGACUCGAUAAUAAAACGGAUUCAACAGGCACCCAUUCACUUUACGCAACUUACCAAGAUUGCGAAAUUAUGUUUCACGUUUCCACAAUGCUUCCAUUUACACCAAAUAAUAGACAACAGUUAUUGCGUAAACGACACAUUGGCAAUGAUAUAGUUACAGUAGUAUUUCAAGAGCCCGGAGCUCUACCUUUCACACCAAAAAAUAUUAGAAGUCAAUUUCAACAUGUGUUUAUUAUUGUUAGAGUAAUUAAUCCUUGCACAGAGAAUACAAUGUACAAAGUUGCAGUAUCCCGCUCCAAAGAAGUUCCUGUAUUUGGACCCCCAAUCCCAGCUACCAUGUUUCAUCGCAAUAAAGCUUUUGCAGACUUUUUAUUAGCUAAGGUAAUCAAUGCGGAAAAUGCAGCUCAUAGAUCUGAAAAAUUUGCAACAAUGGCAACACGCACUAGGCAGGAAUAUUUAAAGGAUCUGGCCACAAAUUAUUGCACAUCAACCGUUGUUGAACCAGGAACAAAAUUUUCUCUUUUCCCACAGAAGAAAAAAGAAAAGCCAAAAAUAAGAUUUUCCGGAGAUUCAAUACAGAGAGCUGCUUUUUGUUGGCAAGUUGUUCUACAAGAUAGUGGUUUGUCAGCUGCUGUUGAUUGCUUUUUGGGAAUUUCUGUAGAAACUUUCGUUUUAAUAGAGGAAUGUUCAAGACAAAUAAUAUUUGUUACGCCAACAAAGGCUAUUUUAGGUUGGUCAACUUGUGGUAACUCAUUAAGAAUAUACCACCAUCAAGGAGAAUGUGUAACAAUUAAUAUGCGUGAUUGUGGAGAAAGAGAUGAACAAUUAGAAGUUAUUGAAAGGUUACGAGCUGUCACUCAUGGGUGCGGGGCACUUGAAUUAAACCUAAAAAGAAAUCCAAUGGGUCAAUUAGGUUUUCAUGUUCAACCUGAUGGCGUCGUUACACAAGUGGAAACAUCUGGACAAGCAUGGAUCGCUGGUUUACGGCAAGGAUACCGUCUUGUUGAGAUAUGCAAAAUAGCAGUAGCUACCCUUUCACAUGAUCAGAUGGUGGACUUACUCAAAACUUCUGCUCAAGUAACAGUUACAGUUAUUGAAUCAUUUUCAGAUUUUUCACCUAGAAGGGGUUGUAUCUUACCCAAUUGUAAAUUUAACGUUCACAAUUUUGAUAAUGACUAUGAAACAAUUCAUAAUAUAUCUCAACAUAGUCAUGGAGAUUCCCCAAGUAAAAAUUCUACCCCCAAAAAAUCUGCAUCGAAUAAUGCACAAACUCAACAAAUAUCAAAUCACCAUCGAAGACGAUAUGAAAGAAAUUUUUCUCCCCCUCGUUCAAGCAAUAGUUCAGGAUAUGGUACAGGCAGUAGUUCUCGCUCGUUUAGUAUACCAAAUGAUAAUGUUCGACAUAUUCCAGAUAUGGGCACUCUAACUAGUUCUUCGUCUGGACAUUCUUCUAAUGAUGAUAGAUGGUACGAUGUCUUAGAGAAUUGUGUUGAAAAGCCAUCAAAUGGACAAAUUCAUAAAUCUCAACAAAAGUCAGGUGAUCAUCAAAAAUUAAAUGCUUCGAACUCACUACCAUUAAAUAAUACGAGUCGCCCCCUUUCUGUGCAUGACCCAACGAAACUUUCAAGCCUAGCAACAGCAAAUGACCAUAUUCGGCCAUCACCCAGAAUGGCAAAUGUUGAAUAUUUAGUUACAAAAUCAUCAAAUCACCAACAACAACAUCAACCAGCAGAAAUUUUGAUUAAACAUUUGACAUUAACUGUAGAUCCUCCCGGUUCAUCGGAUAUAAAUACAACAAACAAUGAAUUAAUUUACAAUACCAAAAGUAUACCGACUACAGAUGACGAAAUGCAUUUAGAUUGUUCACCAAGAUUAAGAAGAUCUGCUACUACUACAAAUAUUACUAAACUUAGAGGUGGAAGUGGUACAGUUUCAUCUUCAUCAACAUCUUCUAGUCGUAACAACAGUCCCCGACCACAAAGUGAAGCUAUUUUAUCUAACAAUAUGCCACCACCACUUGCAGCUGCAAAACUUCGACAUGGAGCAAAUAAUCGAAAUCAUCAACAGCAUCUUAUGCAAAGAAAUAGUGUUAAUUAUACAGCAAGCACUACUUUUCAGGAAGAUUUGAUGAAACUUAUUAAUCCGGACUACAUAACUAUCGAUGACAGCAUUAUUAAUACCAGUAAUUCAAAUCACAAUGUUUCUAUUAGAAAUUCAAUUCAUCCUCAUAAUCAUAAGGAAAAAAUUUCCAAUAGUCAUAGUUUGGGAAAUAUUUCCGCUAUAACCGGUAAAACAACCUUUUCUAUAUGCUCUAAUGAUGAUAUGGUACUAAAGAAUAAAUCAAGAUCAAGGGAAGGAAUCAAUUUAGGUACUCAACAUGUUCCAGAAUUGAAAAAUAAUGACAUUAAUGAACAGAAAACUGAAGUUAUUUUUACAACCGCCCGUCCCGCAACAGUAAUAUCUCAAAAUAAUAACAGUCCUAGUACGAGUAGCAGUCGCAGUAGCAGUACAACACCAGGAAGUGAUUUGUCGACUACUUUAAAAACUACUGAAAACGAAAACGUAUUACAUAUAAGUGAGGGUACACCAAAUUUCCGAAAAAUGCCUCAAAAUCAAAGUACUCGUAAAAAAAUUGAACAACCAAGUGGAAAUCUUCAAAACAAUAAUAAGCAAAUUCAAUUGCCCUUACUACCAGAUCCAAAUGAUUUAGACUGGUCCAGUUUAGUUGAUACAGCAACUAGAGCAAUGAUGUUACAAUUUCAACAAGAUGAACAAAGAAAAGGCAAUGAUCCUAUGAAUGAAACAGAAACUAACAAUGUAAUGCGCAAUUUAGAAUCAGUAAUAAAUCAUAUAGAACAAAACAGUAGAUCAAACAUAGUAAAUGGUGGUGGCAGUGGAGAGGCCAAUGAAGUCAAUGGUGUUGAAACAAAUAAUACAAAUCCAGCAACUAAUACAUCGAAUGAAAUUAAAACACAUUUAACUCAACUUGAGGAUCGUAUUCUGAGGGAAACAAGAAGACGUAAAUCUCUUGAAUAUGCUGUAAGGAAAUUAACAGAAGAAAAUCGAAGACUUCAAGAUGAAAGUCAAGCGGCUGUACAACAGUUAAGACGAUUCACAGAAUGGUUUUUUCAAACAAUAGAUCGUCAAUCAUAAUUCUAUUACAAUAAAUAACAUUAUUUAAUAAGAUACAAAAAGUUAUAUUAUUUUAGAUAUUAAUCAUAUUUUUUAACUAUAAUUAAUUAUGUAAUUAUAUUAUGUUAUCUGAUUUGUAAAUAUUUAUUUUUAAUUAAAAUACAUAUUUAAAAAUUUUGUUAUAUAAAAAAUUUUUUGUUAAAUAAAAAUAUAAAAAAUUCAUAAUUAUGUAUGUACAUACCUUACAUAUAACACCAAUAAAUUAAUUUUUGUAUUUAGCCUCUCAUACAAUGCUU